AUGCUUGUUUCUGAGUAUGACAAUGUACACAUAAGACGCAUCUCAUUGGCUGAAUUCACAGGACUUGAAGAGUUUGUGAAUCGGAAAGAAAGAUUGAAGAAAGCACAAACUUCCAAAGAUGAAAGCAAGAAGAAAUUGUUACCAUCUACUAGCCUCAUUGAUACUUAUAGUGAUCGACGUCGUUGUAAUGCGUGUAUUUCGGAAAGUUUAAGUAAUCUGAACAUGAAUGAAAUACUAGAACAAGAACCAGUUCAAAAGUCAAAACAAAUUGUCAAUUUUGAUGACAUUUAUGAAACAAUCGAAAAAUCACAACAGCAUCUUGAAAAAACCAUGACUGCAUUACCAAGUCAAUCACCACGUAAAUCAUUUGAUUCAGAAAGUGAAAGGUGUGAUUUACUAACUGAAAGUCGAAAGCUUGCAGGAGCUUGUAAAACAAUGGUAAGUAUGAUGAACGAGGAUGCAAAUAACAAGAAUCUGCUCGCAAUCAUUAAUGAAGUUAUUGAAAGAUCAGAAAGGGUAACUCAUACCACAGAAAAAAUGAUUCAAAAGUCAAAUUCUAUUUUCCAAGCACAAUUAAUAACUUCAAACACUAACCAGAUGCUUGGAUCACUACUGAAUGUGAUGAAAAGCUAUGAAGAAUUACAGAAUAAUAAAAGUGAUGAUUGCAUGAAACGUUUCACAUCGCGAAGUACUACAUUAACUGCAACUAUAAUGCAACUUUUAUCUGCUCUAAGAUCAGUAUAA